AUGUUUUUGGGCUCAGGUAAUGAGACCCUCCAUAAAUACACACCACUCAGAGCAGUCUGAUAAUCAUGUGCUCAGAAGUUAUCUCUCUGUUGGCUAUUUUUGCAUUAAUCCCUUUUGCUGAUUUCCAUCCAGCCAUUCGUCCAAGCAAUGGGCUUCAUGUGUGCAACAAAAACCUGAGUGUCCCAGCACUUGAGGUUCUCCCUGGUGGAGGCUGGGACAACCUGCGCAACAUAGAUAUGGGCAGAGUGAUGAACUUGAGCUAUUCACAAUGCCAGACCACUGAAGAUGGGAUCUAUCUUAUUCCAGAUGAGACCUUUGUCAUACCGCAGAAGGUGAGCUCAGUGGAGAUGAACUCUGAAAUCAUCAACUCAUGGCUUGAACAGAAAAGUUCUACUUCGAGAUCGAUCAACGCUGAGGCUUCCUUCGACAUCUUGAUGAAUGGCAAGUUCUCUACUGAGAACAAACGCAUGAAAACCCAUCAAGUGAAGGACAAGUCAGUUACAGCACGGGUGCAGGUCCGUAACCUUCUGUACACAGUAAAGGCUUAUCCUGAUUUCACUUUGGAUGCACGUUUUGCCCAACAGGCAGUGGAAAUUGGAGAUGCCAUUGAAAACAACCAAAUCCGCCAUGCUACCUAUCUGUCAGAAAAGAUGGUCCUUGAUUAUGGUACACAUGUCAUUACAAGUGUGGAUGCUGGUGCUAUUUUAAUGGAGGAGGACUAUUUGAAAUCAUCUUAUGUUACUGAAGCACAGUCCUCUCUGUCCUCUAUUACAUCAUCGGCUGGUUUAAACUUUUUUAACACAGCUAAAUUUGAUAUUGGCAGUAAGGAAUCACAAGAAACGUCUGAAACUAGGACCUACCAGAGUAAUAUUAUGUACUCGGUAACACUGAGUCAUGGUGGUGCUUUGUUUUAUCCUGGCAUCACUCUACAAAAAUGGCAGGAGAGCACAUUAAACAAUCUUGUUGCUAUUGACCGUAGUGGACUACCACUACAUUUUUUUCUCAACCCAUCAACAUUGCCAGACCUCCCAUAUCCAACAGUAAAUAAGGUAGCUCUGUCAGUGCGUAAGGCCAUAGAUCGGUACUACAAAAUAAACACCCAUCCUGGGUGCAUUGAUCCAGACUCCAAAAAUUUCAACUUCCAAGCCAAUGUAGAUGAUGCGUCCUGUGAAGGUCCAAGCACCAACCUUAGCUUUGGUGGUGUGUACCAAACAUGUGAAAUGUUGACACCAGAUGCAGUUGAAAUCUGUCAGGAACUUGAAGUAAAAAAUCCAGCUACUGGCUCGAUUUCCUGUCAGUAUCCAUACAUUGCUACUCUACUGCGCUCUGAAGAGCAAGACAGAACAUACACUACCGAACACUGCUGGGAGGAAUGUUCUGGAAUUAUUUUCAAAGACUGUACAACUAAGUGUGAGACUAUAUACCAUGUUAGAAAAGCACUGGUGAAAACUUACUGGUGUUCCACUAAUAACCAAGUUCCAGAAUUCUCAGGAUAUCUCUUUGGUGGUCUGUUUGGCCCUUCUUUACAAAAUCCAUUAACCAAAUCCAGAUCCUGUCCUCCAAAUUUCUUUGCCUUGAAAUUUUUGUACAGUGGCAUCAUGAUCUGUCUAAGCAAUGACUAUGAAGCAGCAACAAGAUUCUCUGUACCUUUUGGAGGUUUCUUUAGCUGCCAGUCUUCCAAUCCACUUGCAGGGAGUCAGUCGCGUUGCCCACCACAGUUUAGCCAACAUCUCCUUGAGAUAAGCGAUGGAUGCCAGGUACUCUACUGCGUUCAGUCAGGUAUUUUCACUGGUGGUGAGUUACCCCCCAUCCAUCUACCACCCUUCACAAGACCACCAGUAAUCAGUAUGAUUGCAACAAACACUGUAGUUGUGAUGACUGAAGGAAAUCAGGCCUGGGUAAGGAUCAAAGGCACCAAGUUGUGGAAGGUGGCCAAGCCUGAAGAAUUAUCCCAAAUGUUUAAGGGUCCUUAUUCUCAGUCACAAAAACAAACGAUUGGCAUAGCCUGUGGUGCUGUUGCUUUAAUUGCUUUUGUGGGGGUUGUUGCAAUGUUAGUUGUGAGAAAGAGGAAGAAGAUCCUUCUAAGAGGUAGAGGCUAUGAGGAGAUUCGUUAUGAGGUACAGUUUGAGAGUACUGUAGAAGCCCAGACAGAGCUACAAUCUGAGAGUGAGACUGACCGUCUCUUGGCAUAGUGUUUCUGUCCCUGUGUUCUGUUUAAAUUCCUUUAAACUCAUUUAAGUGUAUUGACAGAAUAUAAUAUUUAGCUCCCAAACUUGUUUAACUUUGUAUACUUUUUUUUCUACUGGUGGUGGUGGUUUAGCUACUGGUGGUGUGAUGUACUUUAGGAGAAGUAAAAAAUCUUAUAGAGCACUGCAUGACAUGAGUCAGAUUUGAUUAUGACAUGAGUCUGAUUUAAUCCAUUGUGCUUCCACAAACCCUGCAUUGUCUUUGUACGUAUGUCUUCUGUUUAAUUGUGU